AUCAUCAGUGAACCCAAGCCUCCAUUCCUUCGUUAGGGACUUAGCAGAGUAUAUACAAAAUAUGAAAACUACGUGUAACGUGUGAUCCAGAGCUAGAACGUGCUCCCCUGCUUUUUUUAUUAGCAGAGAGCCACUGACUACUUGACGAAAUGGAAAGCUAGCGCGUCGCAACGUGACGCCGAGUACGACCUCCUCCAUUAUUGCACGAACGCCAUUGCCAUCACCUCCUCCUCAUGCUCGAUGCAUGCCGAUGUGCGGGCGCGGCACAGGCCACCACCACCAACUGUCCUCUUGCCGUUUCACUCAGCUUUUCGCCUGCUGGUUCCCCCCAAUUCUAGCGAGGUAAGGUAUUUGCCCCGGGCCCCGCCCGUCAUCGUCAGGAGAUCCUCGGCCGCACGCCUCGGCCUCGACGUGCCGAGCAGCUUCCCGUCCCGUCCGCGAGACGCCAGCCAAAUGGCGCCGUGCGUGCUCAGCAGUCAGCACUUCCACCUCCAUGGGGAUGGGGCUCCCACUUCCACCCCGUCGCUGCUGAACUGAACCAUCCUAGUAGGUGUCGGCUCCGGCUCCGGGCUCCCUCUCCCCCUUUCCCUUCCCUUCCACCAGCCGGACUGCCGAACUCCGAACCGAAGGAGAGUGACGACGCGCCCCGCGCACGCAUCGCAGUCGCAUCAGUAACAAACAAAGGCAGAAGCUGUAACAACGACAGGAAACCAAACACCUCGCGUAUAGAAUCCGCCCGCCUGGUGGGGCGAGUAGGUGGCUGCCGGUGCCGGAGGGACGGCAAUGCCGGAGGCGGCGCGGGGCCUGCUGGAUCCGGCGGCCGAGGGGGAGGUGGAGCAGGAGGAGGAGUUCUACGAGUCGCUGGAUCGGAUCCUCUCCUCCUCCUGCUCCUCCACCUCCGCCUCCGCCUCCGACGACGACGCCGACCACCACCGCCGCCGCGGCAGCAGGCGCCACCACCACCCGCCAUCCUCCGCGUACGACGUCUGGAUCUCCGAGCCCACGUCCGUCGAGGAGCGCCGCCGCCACCUGCUCCACCGCCUCGGCCUCACCACCGACCCGCCGCCGCCGCCGCCGCCUCCUCGCCGCUCGCCAUCGCCUCCCGCGUCUCCCCCGGCCUCGCCUCCGGCGCCCGCGGAGGAGCCCAGAUCCGGCGGUGCGCUCGGGAGGCCCCCGCUGGCGCGGAACCCCAGCUCCAGCGGCGGGGAGCAGCAAUGCCGGAUCCGGAACCUGGACGACGGCACGGAGUUCGAGGUCGGGGAGGUGCAGGUGGUGCGGGAGGUGGGCACCGGCCGCCACCUCACCCUCGAGGAGUUCGAGCUCUGCGUCGGCCGCUCCCCGAUCGUGCACGAGCUCAUGAAGCGGGCCACCACCGCGGCCUCCGCGUCCGCCUCCGGGCACGCCGCCCCCGCGUCCAGCAAGCCCCGGAGGAAGCCCGGAGGCGGCUGGCUGCGUGGCAUCAGGCAGCUGGCGGGCACCGUCGCCUACGGCCGCCGCUGCGCCGACGAGGGGGACAAGGUCAAGGAGAAGAAGGAGAGGGAGGCUCGGCGCCUCAGCUCUGCCACUGAUGACAGCCUCGAUGGCACCGGCUCGCGCAAUGCGGGAAGGGUUCGGGUGCGCCAGUACGGGAAGGCGUGCAAGGAGCUCACCGGGCUGUUCAUGACGCAGGAGUUGGCUGCCCACUCCGGCUCCGUGUGGUGCAUCAACUUCAGCCUGGAUGGACGAUACCUUGCCACUGCUGGAGAGGACCGCGUGAUCCAUGUGUGGGAGGUGUCCGAGGGAGACCGAAAGGGCGAGUUGCUCGGGGAAGCUUCGGUGGCAAAGGAGAAUGGUGGUGGCUGCAGUCCGUUUCUCGCGAUUGUUGGGAAUGAUUCACCGGAGAUGGCUGCAUUGUCGUUCACCUGCGCCGAAGGGGGCUAUGUGGACAAGAGGAGAAGGCCGAGGAAGCAGAACAAUCACAAGUCUGUAGGGUCCGAUCAUCUGGUUGUUCCUGAGUGUGUGUUUGGUUUCACAGACAAGCCAGUCUGCUCACUUCUGGGGCAUGCUGCCGAUGUUCUUGAUCUGUCAUGGUCCAAAUCUCAGUACUUGAUCUCAUCCUCCAUGGACAAAACUGUUAAGCUCUGGGACAUCACUACCAGUACCUGUUUGAAAACAUUCUCUCAUACGGACUAUGUGACUUGCAUCCAGUUCAACCCUGUAGAUGAUAACUUCUUCAUUAGUGGAUCACUGGAUGAGAAAGUUCGCAUUUGGAAUGUCCGAGAUCGUAAGAUUGAGGAUUGGAAUGAUCUUCAUGAGAUGGUUACUGCUGCUUGCUAUUCCCCUGAUGGACAGGUUGCGAUGGUGGGCUCUCACAAGGGAAGCUGUCAUAUAUUUGAUACAUCUGAGAAGAAGCUUCAGUACAAAAGUCAGAUAGAUUUAAGAAUUAGGAAAAAGAAGUCAGGCCAGAAGAAGAUAACUGGCUUCCAGUUUGCUCCUGGAAGCUCCUCGGAAGUUCUGAUUACUUCUGCAGAUUCGAGAAUACGAGUUGUUAACGGCGAUGAAUUUGUUCACAAGUUUAAAGGGUUUCGGAACACGAGUAGCCAAAUCUCAGCUUCUGUAGCUCAGAACGGGAAAUACGUGAUCUGUGCCAGCGAGGAUUCUCACGUCUAUGUGUGGAGACAUGACAACAGUUCCCACCCUAGCAGGAGCAGGAGCACAGUUGACGUAACCAACUCAUACGAACAUUUCCACUGCCAUGGUGUGACCGUGGCUGUCACAUGGCCUGGUGCUGAAGCCCGAUGUUCGUUUGGACCUGGAAGCAGCAGGCACAGUGAUUCAGAUGGGGCAGUGAACUCUGGCCGGGACCUCCCAGUUGAGAACACUCGGCACAGCUCUGAUGCAGCUGAUAUCAGAUGCAACGAGAGCCCAGCUUGCGAAGGCGUGACCAGCAGAAGCACCAGCAGACAUCCAGGCGACGGAGCGUCCACGUCCUGGCCUGACGAAAAGUUGCCGUCAGCCAAGAGCAGCCCUGGUCACUGUUCCUCCGAUCUUUGCAUUGGAGCUAUGGAUGUCCAACGCCGGUCUGCGUGGGGCUUGGUGAUUGUCACCGCUGGACGGGGAGGCGAGAUCAGGGUGUUCCAGAAUUUUGGCUUCCCAGUCCAAGUGUAAAGCUAGCGUGAGAGCAUGCAGAUAGGGAGGGGUUUGUUUGGUUCUUUUUACUGUACAUAUAUCGGUAGAUCGUCGACAGUUUUUUUACUGAAAAGUUCUCCCUGUUUCCCUGUGUCGUUGGAUGCAUCGGAUUGUAGUCCAGAACCACACUACCAAUAUGCUUAACACUCUCACUUCUUGUUGAUACAGUGCAAAGCAUAGUGUAAUUGUAUGCUUAGAGCAACUCAUUCCAAUAGUUAUGUAAAUUUUAGCUCUCUAAAUCA